AGAAAUUGAUAGGGAAACAAAGGAAAACCCUGACCAGUGUCUUGUGAACGGCGUGAACUGACUCGCGCAAAAUGGACGGUCCUAAAAACGCGUUUAAGAACGAUGGUUCGUUCCUCGAGAUGUUCAAGCAACUGCAGAAGUCCCAGCCGUCGCCAACAGAUGACAAGAAGCCGGAUACGUCGAGCAAUUCCAAAGCAGCUGUUGACCCAUCUACGCCUGUGCCAGUUGUAGCGAAACGGCGUGGGGUUCGAGCGUUGCCUGUCGGGGUUGUGAAGAAGAGCAAGAAGGAGGAGGAAAGUUCAGAGCAAAAGUUAGACCUCUUUCCUGUGAUGGAGUACCCGACAGAACCUACUUUCUCUCUGAGUCCAUUCGAAGACGUGGAAAUGAAUCUUGAUCUCUACAUCGAUUAUAACCAGUUCAUGGAUUUUGACUCAUACUGUAAUUGGAUAGCUGGAGCAGGUGAAGAAAAAGGAACCGCGUGGAUGCAGUACAUGAAAGAAGUGCGGAAGUACAAAGAACGAAACUGCGAUGAAGAAACCAAAGUCCGGCCUCUUGUGAAGUGAGGGUUUAUAAGAGACAGGAGCGCGUACGUCGAGACUCGAGAGCGAGUGAUGUAUUCUCCUCGUGGUUACGCGUAAUUUAAUUUUUGCCGGAGGUAGAAUCAAGGGUUGUUUUGCGCUGUGUCUUGGUUCUCCUCGUGAGUGGAUUACGUUUACGAUUUUGUUUUUUGUUCGGCUAUUUUACCUGGAGUGAGUGCUUUUCGAAAUAAAAGAAAAUGAUGUAAUUUUGGCCUGUGUAAAGCAGAGGCAUCAAAGUCGAAAUUUUCGUACGAA